GAACACUGAGAAUGUUCUUAACGAACUGGAGAAGGCAAUUGACAACCAUGAUGGGAGUCCUGCAUCUUAUAUAAGUGUGURCAGAUCUCAGAUCUGGAUGGGUGCCAGAUUGGCUCUUAGCCGGAAAUCAUUUCAACCUCAUUGUCGUAUCAAUGUUAAGUUCAUGGAUGAUGUUGGAAUAGCAGAAGGAGCAGUUGAUACAGGGGGACCAAAGCGGGAGUUCUUUGCUCUCGUUUUGGAUUAUCUGCAUGACAGUGGGCUGUUUGUGGGGCCAGAGGGCAGCAAAUUCUUAACUUACUCCAGUUCAGCAAUGGAAAAAGAUGACUUCUUCUACGCCGGAAUGAUCAUAGCAAUGUCUCUUGUGCAUGGAGGGCCUGCACCCCGGUUCUUGUCUAGAACUCUAUUCCAGGCACUCAUAGAAUCACCAGAGAUGACAACAGUGACCACUGACGAAGUUCCAGAUUUGAAAUUAAGAGAAAAUCUCCAGAAGGUUUUGUCUGGUGAAGUUCCUGAGGACCUUGAAGACAUCAUCGACAUGGCAGGUUCACGAUGCA